ACUUUUCUUCAAGUUUUUUUUUCAAUUUUUUCUUUCACUUUUUUUGCAGCCUCUCAGUUUCGAGCGCCAAAUUUAAAAAACUUGCUGCUAUAUUUUAAUUGUUACGCUUUAUCAACAUUGACCUAACUUCUUUUCGGCUGAUAAUUUUAUCUACACUUUUUGCACACCCGAUUUUGAGCGCCAAAUUUUCUUUACUAUCGAUCUGAUCACUAAAUGCUGUUGCUCAUGGUGAUCUAGAACGAGCGGAAUCACAACUUGUGAAACCAACUCGCUUUAAUUGAUUUCUUCUAUCCUCGGGGUCAUAAAAACCAACAGCUGCUGAUUAGCAAUCGAAACCAACCAAUUAAAAGCUGCCGGAGUUUCAGAAAGGACCAAUAGGAUUAGAGUCAAUAUUCAGUUGCCAUGAAACCUCUUGCCGGUCAUACACUACUUUUCGCCGAUGCGAGACCCUCCUCUGGUGAAUCUGGAUCGAGAGCUGGUUCCUUGGCAUCUUCAGGAAACAAGACACCCCCUAGUUUCCCAUUCAUCAUAGGAGUGGCAGGGGGUUCUUCGUCGGGAAAGUCAGAAGUGUGCGAGCGAAUCGUGGAAGCGCUGGGUCAAAACUCCAAAUCAGCAAAGGAGCGCCAGGUGUUUGUGAUCAACCAGGACUCGUUCUAUCGCAACUUAAACGAGAAGGAGUUGCAGAAUGCGGCCAAAUUCCACUUCAAUUUCGACCACCCCAACGCAAUCAAUCUAGACAAAUUGAAAGAGUGCUUGAACGAUAUCAAGGAGAAAAGAGGCGUAACUAUCUCCCAAUAUGAUUACGUCACACAUCGGAUGGUCCAAUCAGAGGAGUCGAAACUGACCAUCCACUCAGCAGAUGUGGUGAUAGUAGAGGGAAUUCUGGUGUUCUAUGACAAAGAGAUGAGGGAGUUGUUUGAUCUGAAGUUGUUCGUUGAUACUGACUCGGACACUCGUCUAGCUCGGAGGGUUCUGAGAGAUACGGAGGAAAGGGGUCGCAAUAUAGAUUCUGUCCUCAGCCAAUACAUCAAAUUUGUGAAGCCAGCCUUUGAGGAGUUCUGUCUGCCGACUAAGAAGUACGCCGACGUCAUCAUUCCUCGAGGCAACGACAACAAAGUGGCUGUGGGACUCAUCGUCCAACACAUCCAAGACCUACUCCAGUGCAAUGCGAACAGUCGCCGCAGUUCCAUCCGAGGCGGAGAUUCCAAGUCGUCGGGGUCAUCUCGCGGGUCAUCUAUUCCGGGAAGCCCGUUGAACAAAAGCACGGACCAUAUCAAUAACACCAAUCACGCGCCAAAACUACCUGCUAACUCUCAGCUGAUCCCCGCUGCAUCAUCGUCGGCAAGUAAAGCCUCAGCAGCCGAAAGUAAGUCGGCUUCUACAUCGAGUGCUGCGAAGGGAUCAACGAAGGGCAAAAGCAAACAAGUAUUGGCUGCGAAUACAUCUCAGGUCAACUCAAUGUUAUGUCACACGGAAGAAUUUCCAGCUAUCAACGCCAACCAGUGCUCCUCUGCGUCUGCUAAUAUGACGAACAGUGUGCACUAACAAAACUCAGACUGUCACUAUGGGGCUAGUCUUAUGACAGAAGAGUUGAAUAGCAGAAGUUUUCUAACCAAUCAAAUUCUUCCAAGCUGCCUCCAAUUAUAGCUGAGCUAUCAAGCUUACUCUCCGAUUUUUGAAUUCUACAAUAGGAUUAGCAAGAUAACUUUCUGUUAUUCUAUCCUUCUGCUGUGAGGGCUCCACCUCAAACUAGACGUGUUCAAUAUUAUGUUUGUUCUGUGCAGGAAACUACAAACGCAGAAACUUUUCUCAGUUUUGCUUAAUGGAGCAAUUCGGAAUUUAUUUAAGAUGGUGACAAGGUUAUAGUUUUUCUAUAUAUAUUUUUAUUUUGCUUGCCAUAGCUGUUCGCCAACUUUUUGGGGCUCAAGGUUUUUUAUCUGGUCACUUGUUUGAAAAUUACACUUGCUUGAUCAAGCUUCUUGUCAAAUAAUAUUUUGUUGGUUUUUUCAAUCGACUUUGAUUUUAUGCAUAUUUCUUUAAGAUGACUUCCUCCGCGAAUGGAUGAUCAGUAAUCUUUUUGGCCGUUGCUACCUUAUGCAAGUGACAAGAAGAAAUAGUCUUCUUUGGAAAAGGCAAGCUCCAAUAUCGAACAACAAAAGUGUAAAGAUCACGAAAAAGUUGAUCUACUUCCAGUUUCGAAAUUGGACUUUUAUUUUUGAGAGUCGAUGAUUGUAGUUCAGACUCUUGCAUAGGUCGUGAGGACGAAAAGUCUUAAAAUUUGUUCAGGCUCAAAUUUCCUUUUUCUAGGUUUGACUUGUGAUAUCUUUUUGAGUUAAGUUCAUUUCCUUUGUUAAAAGGAAGGCAAUUUCCACUAUCGAACAGCGAAAGUGUAAAAGUCCCGAAAAACGAGAUCGACUUCUAAUAUCAAAAGUGGUUUUUAAUCAUCCGAUUUCCCAGCGAAAAACAGUUUUAUCUAUUGAUCCAGUU